CUUCUCACACAUAUCUCAUACACAAUCUCUAGCUCAUUCAAUUCCUUCUCCCACCCAACCAACCAACAAUCAUACAAUUCUCUAAUGGGUGCUCUUCCCCAUUUUGAACCAAUCUCAAAAUAUAACAAAGAAAUUAAUAGAUCAAAUCAAACAAUUGCAUCUGAUUUAGAUGGAACACUCUUAAUAUCAACAAGUUCAUUUCCUUAUUUCUUUCUUAUUGCCUUAGAAGCUGGUAGUCUCAUAAGAGCAUUACUACUUCUAUUAUUUGUUCCAAUUAUCUACUUUAUUUACAUAUUCAUCUCAGAAUCAAUUGCAAUUGAAACCCUAAUCUUCAUAUCCUUUGCUGGAUUAAAGAUUAAAGACAUCGAAAUCGUCUCUAGGGCUGUUUUACCUAAGUUUUAUUCUGAAGAUGUACAUCCACAUACUUGGAAAGUGUUUAAUUCUUUUGGGAAGAGAUAUAUUGUUACCGCGAAUCCAAGAAUUAUGGUUGAACAUUUUGCAAAAACUUUCUUAGGUGUUGAUAAAGUUCUUGGAACUGAAUUACAUGUUUCUAAAUCUGGACGUGCCACUGGAUUUGUAACAAAACCUGGUGUUCUUGUUGGACAAUAUAAAAGGGAUGCUCUUAUUAAAGAAUUUGGAACAAAUGUACCUCAUGUAGGUCUUGGAGAUAGAGACACUGAUCGCGAUUUCAUCUCCAUAUGCAAGGAAGGUUACAUGGUCCCAAGAUCAAAAAUAGAACCCCUAGCAAGAAAUAAACUCCUAAGUCCAGUAAUUUUCCAUGAAGGUCGUUUUGUACAAAGACCUACACCACUUAUGGCACUUUUAACAUUUUUAUGGAUGCCAAUAGGAAUAAUUCUCUCAAUUCUUAGAGUAUAUCUUAAUAUUCCUUUACCAGAAAAAAUUGUUAGAUAUAAUUAUAUUAUCCUUGGUAUUAAACUUAUUGUCAAAGGUACACCCCCACCACCCCCUAAAAAUGGCCAACGUGGUGUACUUUUUGUGUGCAACCAUAGAACUAUACUAGACCCCGUUGUUACUGCUGUUGCACUAGGUAGAAAAAUAAGUUGUGUUACAUAUAGUAUUAGUAAAUUUUCUGAGAUGAUAUCGCCGAUAAAAGCCGUCGCGUUAUCGAGAGAGAGGGAGAAAGAUGCAGCACAUAUUAAGCAAUUACUUGAAGAAGGUGAUUUGGUUAUAUGUCCUGAAGGUACAACAUGUAGGGAACCGUUUUUAUUGAGAUUUAGCGCACUUUUUGCUGAAUUGACUGAUAGAAUUGUACCUGUGGCUAUUAACACUAAGCAAAGUGUGUUUAAUGGGACAACUGUCAGAGGGUACAAAUUAUUGGAUCCUUAUUUUGUUUUCAUGAAUCCAAGACCAACUUAUGAGAUUACAUUCUUGAAUCAACUCCCUCCUGAACUUAAUUGUACUAACGGAGGGAAAUCCGCAAUUGAAGUUGCAAAUUAUAUUCAAAAGGUACUUGGUGGUACAUUGGGAUUCGAGUGUACUAAUUUGACAAGGAGGGAUAAGUACGCAAUACUUGCUGGAACUGACGGUCGCGUUGCAAUAAAGGACAAGGAGAAGGAGAAGGAGAAGGAGAAGGAGAAAAUGUAAUGGGUUGUUAUUUUCUCAAUGUGUAUGUUUAAUUAUUAAUCUUCAUCAAGGAAAUUGAAAAGGAAAACAUAGAAAAAGAAACAAGGGAAUUGCUUAUAUUGUGAUAUUAUUCAUGUAUGAUGAUGAUGAUUUUUAUCAAUAAUAUGGUUAAUAUAUGUAUAUUAUUUUGAUUGGG